AUGAAAGUGUCUAUCUUGAGGUGGAAAGUUGCUGCCGAUACAAUUGGCGCUUGGAAAGAACAUCACCGAGGUUAUCACGCCAGGAACGAUCAGUGGCAUCUGACAUGGCGCGCGCCCUGCCUGAGGGCCAGCAACUCAGGAAGAGCUCUUGCAGGUUUACCUGGCUACAAGGUGGCUCAUGUCGUCAAAAUUGACCUCCCAGGUUUCGGUGCCCUGCUAGCGUCGCCAAAAUCGCUUGCCAACAGGCGAAGGCGGCUGUGUGGCCUGCGCGCGCCUCGCUCCAAGGCUUAUGUGUUUAUAAAGAUAUUGUGUCAACGGGAACCGCAAUUGGAUUUCUGGCUUGUGCCAAAUCUUGGAGGUGGUUGUCUUUAUCUAGAGCUCUUCUCAGCUCAGGGAGACGUGGUCACCGAAUGCCGACCAUGCUCUCUCUCUGAGAAAUUCUUCCCUUCACCAGCUUUCUCUAUUAUUCCCGCUUCUAGAUUCACGCGGCCUGAGCAGCUCAGCAAGGAAACUUCACAAGAUCUUCACUCAAGCGCACAGAGUCGUAGUGGAGCUCCACAAUCGGUCCUGACCAUAAAUACCUCGUCACCAUCAAUAUCUUGUCAGUUGGGCGAGCGCGCAUGCCAUGAACGACCCUUAGACGACGCGCGAGGCCUGCAGGGGUCCCCUACUGGUAACAUGGUAACUGGCCGCCAUUGCUCCGCUGAGCAGCUCCUAGGAAGAGUGUUGAUCCCUUUAGCUGGCCUAAAUCAAGCCUUUGGCCCAGACCGUCUACAAUGUACCGAAUCAAAUCGAUCUGGAGAAUGUGAACUCGAAAGCCCCUAUCGGGGCCUGUGCGAGCUGGAAAAGAUCUGUUCUCCACUGGAUUCUGCCUCCCUGCGUCAGCCAGCUCAGAAAUUCCUGAUUUACGCCCAACCAAUCAAAGCUUCGAUGUGA